AUGACGGACGACACCGAACCCCAACAAUUCCCCCUCCCGGCGAUCCUCACCUACCCUUCCUCGAAAACCCCCGAGCUCAUCACCCAAGGCGCGGAAGGCCGCCUCUACAAGACGACGUACCUGCUCCCCUCGGUACCCUGCGCACUGAAAUACCGCCCGCCCAAGCCGUGGCGGCACCCGGUGCUCGACGCGCGCCUGACGCGCCACCGCAUCCUGUCCGAGGCGCGCGUCCUCGUCAAGUGCCGGCGCGAGGGCGUGGCCGUGCCCGCCGUGUACGCCGUCGACGAGGCCGCGGGCUGGCUGGCGCUGGAGUGGGUCGCGGGCGCGCCGGUGCGCGUUGGUGUUAAUGAGUGGCUGCGGCGGCGGCGCGACAGCGAGAGGGCGGCGGGCCGGGGCGGCGACGCUGUUGUUACGGGGGACGCGCCCGGGGACGCGGAUCUGGUGGCGCUGAUGCGCAGGAUUGCGGGCGCGCUGGGGAGGAUGCACAAGGUCGGCAUCGUGCAUGGGGAUCUGACGACGAGCAAUAUGAUGUUGAGGCCGUGGGGCGAGGGGAGGGAAAGGCCGGCGAACGGGCAUGCGGGUGGGCAGGGCGAUGGGCUGCUGGAGGGGGAGAUCGUGCUGAUUGACUUUGGGCUCGCGGGCCAGAGCACGUCAGAUGAGGAUCGCGCGGUCGAUCUGUAUGUGCUGGAGAGGGCGUUCGCGAGCACACAUCCACGAGCUGAGGCCUUGUUCUCCACGGUGCUGGAGAGUGCAUACAGGGAAGCUUUCAAACAGGCACCGAUCGUGUUGAAGAAGCUGGAGGAGGUGAGGAUGCGCGGCCGGAAGAGAAGCAUGCUGGGAUAG